GCCGGCUGAAAAAUUAAGCAUCACCAUCAACAUCACCACUACCACUACCACUACCACUAAUCAAAGCACCAUUACCACCAACACCAACACCGCCAUGAGUAAAAGAAGAGUGGAAGAAGAAGAAGAUUCAGAUAUCGACAUUAGUUCGAGUGAGUCUGAAAAUGAAGAACAACCAUUGGACGGCGAAGAAGGAGAUGAAGAUGGAGAAGAAGAAAUAGUUAAUGUAGAUUUUGACUAUUUCGACUUAAAUCCUGAAGUAGACUUCCAUGCCACCAAGACAUUUCUUCGACAAUUAUUUGGAGAUGAUGAAGCUAAGAUCGAUAUCUCCGGAUUAGCAGAUCUUAUUCUUACUAAAGGUAGUGUAGGAACUACUAUUAAAACUGAUGGAAUAGAGAGUGAUCCAUUUGCUUUACUUUCUGUAAUUAAUUUAAAUGAUAAUAUAACUAAACCAUCUAUUAAAUCCGUAUUAGAUUAUGUAUUUGAUAAGACCAAAUCUCAAUUGGAAUUUAAUAUCUUUCUUAAGAAAUUAUUGUCCAAUGGUCAAACUACUAAAAACUCCAAUAAACAAUUAAAAGUGGGAUUAAUUAUUAGUGAAAGAAUGAUUAAUAUGCCAGUGGAAGUUGUACCUCCUAUGUAUAAGAUGCUUCUAGAAGAGAUGCAAAAGGCUGAAGAUGCUCGUGAGAAGUAUGAAUUUGAUUACUUUUUAAUUAUAUCUAAAGUAUACAAAUUAGUAGGUGCUAAUAUUCAAGACGAUGAUGAAGAUAAGAAAUCAAAGAAGAAGAAGAAGAGUACUGUGGCAGACGAGGCUCAAGUAGAAAUGGACUAUUUCCAUUAUGAAGAUAUUGUAUUUGAAGAAAAUGCUAAAUAUAAAGGUAUAUAUGAUUAUACUAAUGUUAGACAAGAUACUGAUUCAAGAAGAGUAUUUACUGAUUAUGGUAUAGAUCCUAAAUUAAGUUUAAUCUUUCUUGAUAAGGACCAAUUGGCUGCUUCUGUACCUGUUUUGGCUGAAAAGUUUCCUCCUUUCUAAUCCUCUACUUCGAUGUAUAUUAUGUUAGGUUAGUCUACAUUACUCUUGAGAUUUAUAUAUAUAAAGGACAUAUAUUA